UCAAGGUGUCCGCAGGUUUGAAUUCUUCUGAAGCCCCUCUCUUUGUUGUGCAGAUAGUCUCCUUUUCACUGUCAUUCCUCUGUGUGUACACAUAACAUACCUGAUGUCUCUUUGUGUGACCAAUUUUCCUCUUCUUGUAAAGAUACAAGUCUGAUUGGCCUUAUUUUAACUUAAUCACCUCUUUAAAGGCUCUAUCUCCAAACACCAUCACAUUCUGAAGUAGGGGGCAUAGGGACAUUAAUGUAUGAAUUUUGGAGGGACACAAUUCAGCCCCUAACACCAGUGGAGACAGGGGUGAAGAAGAUAUGCAUCAUCUUAGUGCUCCUGUAGUUUGACAGCGUGGUAAGGAACACAGGUGUUAAGCAACCAUUUACGUGACUAGGCCAUUAGUUACCCUUGUGGGAUGAUGCAAGAAGUAGAAUACACAAUACUGGAAAAGGUAGUCUGGUGAAGUGAGACUGAAGGUAAUCUGAAGAAGUGAGAUCUGAAAGAAGGAUUGAUGGGAGCCAGCCAGCUGAAGAGAGAAAGAGAGAGAGUCAAGUAUUCUAGACAGGAAGAUCAGCAUUUGUGAAUUCCGGGCAGUGGGGAAGAGCAUGGCUAUCCAGGGAAUUGAAAGAACCAGUGUAACAAGGAGUGAGUGAUGGGAGCUGGCACCAGAAAGUCGAAAGGGCCAGAUUACACAGGACCUUAUUUACUGACAUCCUGAUUUCAGUGCUUACUAUAUCCUGUCUUGGGACUGUUGUCAGAAAAUCUUUUAUGGGGGAGUGUUGGCAUGCACGUUUUGCUUCUCCUUAUGCUCCUUGAGGGAGAAGAUCUGUCUUCAACUCCUUUUGUAUUCUCUCUCCAUAGUAUGCAACAUAGGGCUGGACAUAUAGUAGGUGCUCAAGAAAUAAAUUAAGUGGAUAUAAUGAGAAAUGAGAUGAAUAGAAGCACUCAUUUGUCUAAAUUAGGGGCUGAUGCGAUCUUGUUGGGUGUGUUUCUCCUAGAGGAUCUGAAAGGUGAGGACUUUUGGUACUAUAAUGCCACCUAGUGAUUCUUCUUAUUACAACAACACAGGGGAGCAGGGUGGUGAUUAGUCUUCUGUAAUCCAGAAAAUUGGAAAUCAAGCAUUUUGUUUCAUUAGCAUAAAUUGAUUUGUCCAACCACCCAUUCUUUCAUCCAUCCAUCCAUCUCUGUUGAUGCCCCCUGCAUCUCUUUCCUAUGAGCUGAACAUGUCACAUGCCUUUCUACCUCCUUGUGGUUCUUUGAUUGCUCAUAUUUGGGUCUUUUUGUCCUCCUAUAAGUAAGGUCUCAGAUAUCAGUAUCUAGAUUCUCUGAGCUCCCAUUGUGCUUUCUGUUAAAAUGGCAUAUACUAAACUAUACCAUCAUAUUGCAUUAUAAUUAACUGUAGAUGUUCCCUUCUGUCUUUCCCUCAAUACAGAUUGUGAAUGCAAAGGGCAGUGACUCUGCCAUAGUCACCUUGGUGCUUCCUGUGGGCAGCCGUGUGCCUACCAUGCAGAAAAGGGUGAAAAGCAAGUCCUGGAAGAAUCUGCAUUUGAAGAAAUGGAAAGAGAUUUUCAGGGAGUUCUUAAUGAACUUUCAGGAGACAAAAGUCUGGAAAAAUUUCGGAUUGAAUAUGAGAGGCUUCAUGCUGUCAUGAAAAAGUCUUAUGACAAUGAAAAGCGUCUGAUGGCCAAAUGCAGAGAGCUAAAUGCAGAGAUUGUAGUGAAUUCCGCGAAGGUCGCCACUGCCCUUAAGCUCUCUCAGGACGAUCAGACCACCAUUGCAUCCCUAAAGAAGGAAAUUGAAAAGGCCUGGAAGAUGGUGGACUCAGCCUAUGACAAAGAGCAGAAGGCCAAGGAGACGAUUCUUGCUCUGAAAGAGGAAAUAGUGAACCUGACCAAACUAGUCGAGCAAGGGUCUGGACUGUCAAUGGAUCAGGAUAGCAACAUCCGAGAUUUACUGAAGUUCAAAGAAGAAGUGACAAAGGAGAGAGACCAGCUCUUAUCAGAAGUGGUAAAAUUACGAGAAUCCCUAGCUCAGACCACUGAACAGCAGCAGGAGACAGAGCGAUCCAAAGAGGAGGCUGAGCACACCAUCAGUCAGUUCCAACAAGAAAUCCAGCAACGUCAGAACGAAGCUUCCCGGGAGUUCCGGAAGAAGGAAAAACUAGAGAAAGAGCUCAAGCAGAUUCAGACAGACAUGGACAGCAGGCAGACAGAAAUAAAAGCCCUGCAGCAGUAUGUGCAGAAGAGCAAGGAGGAGCUUCAGAAGCUGGAGCAGCAGCUGAAGGAGCAGAAGAUAUUGAAUGAGAGAGCUGCAAAGGAACUCGAGCAAUUUCAGAUGAGAAAUGCUAAACUUCAGCAAGAGAAUGAGCAGCACAGUUUGGUUUGUGAGCAGCUAUCCCAAGAAAACCAACAGAAGGCAUUGGAGCUCAAAGCCAAAGAGGAAGAAGUCCAUCAAAUGCGCCUUGACAUCGGGAAGCUCAACAAAAUCAGAGAACAAAUCCAUAAGAAACUGCACCACAUUGAAGAUCAAAAGGCAGAAGUCGAACAGCACAAAGAAACCCUAAAAAAUCAGAUCGUGGGAUUAGAGAGAGAGGUGGAGGCUUCAAAGAAACAAGCAGAACUUGAUAGAAAGGCAAUGGACGAGCUUCUGAGAGAAAGGGACAUACUAAAUAAGAACAUGCUUAAGGCAGUCAAUGCGACCCAGAAGCAGACUGACUUGGUAAAGCUCCAUGAACAAGCCAAGAGGAACCUGGAGGAAGAAAUCCAGAACUACAAGGAUGAGGCUCAGAAGCAGAGAAAGAUCAUCUUUCAUCUGGAAAAGGAGCGUGACCGGUACAUCAACCAAGCCAGUGACCUUACGCAAAAGGUCCUUAUGAACAUGGAAGACAUAAAAGUUCGUGAAACGCAGAUUUUUGACUACAGGAAAAAAAUAGCUGAAUCAGAGAUUAAAUUAAAACAGCAACAGAACCUGUAUGAAGCUGUGAGAUCAGACAGGAAUCUGUAUAGCAAAAAUCUGGUUGAGGCUCAGGAUGAAAUAACAGAAAUGAAGAGAAAGUUAAAGAUUAUGACCCAUCAGGUAGAUCAGCUGAAAGAAGAAAUCUCUGCCAAAGAGUCUGCACUUGUGAAGCUGCACCUGGAACAGCAGCGAAUAGAAAAGGAAAAGGAAACAUUGAAGGCUGAGCUGCAGAAGCUGAGACAACAAGCCCUGGAGACCAAACACUUUAUUGAAAAGCAAGAAGCUGAAGAGAGAAAACUCCUGCGAAUAAUUGCUGAGGCUGACGGGGAGAGGUUGAGGCAGAAGAAGGAAUUAGACCAGGUCAUCAGCGAGAGAGAUAUCCUGGGGUCUCAGCUUGUUCGGCGCAAUGAUGAGUUAGCUUUGCUCUAUGAGAAGAUCAAGAUCCAACAGUCUGUGCUGAAUAAAGGGGAGAGCCAGUACAACCAGAGGUUGGAGGACAUGAGAAUCCUCAAACUUGAGAUCAAGAAGCUUCGCCGGGAAAAGGGGAUUCUUGCCAAGAGUGUGGCUAAUGUUGAAGAACUCAGACAGGAGUUUUUUCACAUGCAAAGAGAAUUCUUGAAGGAGAGGACACGUUGCCGAGCCCUGGAGGAGGAGCUGGAGAAUCCCAUGAAUGUGCACAGAUGGAGGAAGCUCGAGGCCAGCGACCCCAACGCGUUUGAGCUGAUACAGAAAAUUCACACCCUGCAGAAGCGUCUCAUCAGCAAGACUGAAGAGGUGGUUGAAAAAGAGCUGCUCCUACAGGAAAAGGAGAAACUCUACAUGGAACUAAAGCACGUCUUGGCCCGCCAGCCUGGACCUGAGGCUGCAGAACAGCUGAAGCUCUACCGACGCACACUGCAUGACAAGAAGCAGCAGCUCAAAGUUUUGUCUUCAGAACUGAAUAUGUAUGAAGUACAGAGCAAAGAAUAUAAAUAUGAGGUAGAGAAACUUACCAAUGAGCUCCAGAAUUUAAAGAAGAAAUACCUCGCUCAGAAACGUAAAGAACAACUUCAAAAAAACAAGGACACAGCACCCAUGGAUAACACCUUCUUAAUGGUCAAACCAAAUGGCCCUGGUUUUACUGGGGGUGGAUUUCCUCUCAAGUCAACCAAGAUGAAGUUCUAACCUGAAGCUGCUGGCUGGGUCCAGUUGAACAGCUCAUGAAAUCUGCUCUGGGACAUUUUGGGGGAAUCUCAAAGUCCUUGGAUCAUAGAAUCGGUGCUGAGAAUCCAGGAUGGAAGAAAUGCAGAACUAUUAUAGUCACAUACAUAUAAGAGGGAUGGUGUUUUGUCUGGUCCACGUUGAUAUUAGCAAGAUCAUAAUUCUCUGUUUUCAGUUAGGCUGACCUAUUGCAUGAAGCAAAUCUUUUGUUGCUACCCCAUUGAUUGAAAUGUACUAGACCUUAAUUUCUUUAUUAUAGAUAUUGGUGUACUUGAAGGUUUUAUAUUUAAAAGUAUUUUUGAAAUGCAAUGCGUCCCCUCUCACCUUAUUAACAAGAAUCUAUUUUAAUUAUUCCUCAUUAACAAGUCAUUGCAUGAGACGAGAAAGAAGGACAAACUCUCAAGAAUUUAAAAAGUGUUUUGAGAAUGAUUUCUAUGUGGAAUUUCUUUUCAGGCCUGGAGUAGGAAAAUCUAUUCCAAAGAGACAUACUAAUAAAUACUUCAUCAUAAAAAAUAAAAAAGAAUCUUUGUAGAGAUUUUGAUCCUUGCUUUGGUAGAGUAUGUAAUUAAAGUUUAAAGCUACUGUGA